GUCUUACUGGCCGCUAGCCCACGGAUUUUUAUAGGCUCGGCAAGUCACCGCCACAAUCGGGCGGUACGGCUCAUACGAGCGCCGCUGGGCAAGCGCGCUGUCGAGCAUCAGUCGAAAAAUACAGCCCUAGCGCAGUACGCCGCCGCCGCGCGCGCGCGCCAAGUCAUACUCAGCAGUACAAAAGAACUCCCCAGCCACCAUGUUCGGCCACACCGAGCCCUUCGACGAGCAGUACCACUGCUACAGCGGCGCCUUCGCCGACAAGCCGCAGCUCGAGGGCGGCGACAAGAUCCUGCUGCCGGCGUCGGCCUUCGAACAACUCGCGAGAUUACAGAUCAGCUACCCCAUGCUCUUUGAGUUACGGACCCAGAGUGGAAAACGGACGCACUGCGGCGUGCUCGAGUUCACGGCCGCGGAAGGGAACGUGUAUCUGCCCCACUGGAUGAUGAACAACCUGUUACUGGAAGAAGGUUCAGUACUGUCGGUAAGAAACGUCUCCCUGCCAAAGGCCAAGUUCGUCAAGUUCAAGCCCCAGCACGUCGACUUUCUGGACAUUUCCAAUCCAAGAGCAGUCUUAGAGAAACAACUAAGGAUGUUCUCGUGCGUUACUGUUGGUGAUCAAAUUUGUUUACCAUACAACAACCGGAGAUAUUACCUGGAGGUCCAAGAGGUGAAGCCAAGAGAUGCAGCGUGCAUCAUCGAGUGCGACUGUAACGUCGACUUCGACGCGCCUGUCGGUUAUAAAGAGCCCGACUACAAGGCUCAAGCCCAGGCCCCGAAGGCGAACGUGCCCGCGCCCCAGAAGGCCAAGUCCCAGGCCCGCGAGGAGGAGGAGAACAAGCCUACGGAAAGUUUCAAGGCCUUUGCUGGGGGUGGGCAACGCCUAGAUGGGAAGGAACUGAAGGCUACCCAAGCGUCGCAGCUCGAAGCCAUGCCCAAGCCGCCGACGGCUUCUGAACAGUCCAAGGCCUGGGCGUCGUCGGGCCAGACCGUCGCGUCCGGUUCCGUGGAGGCAGCCGCGCCCGCGAAGAAGAAGCCCGCUUUUAGAAGACCGGCCACCAACAAGUGGGCCAAAACCAAUAAAGCGGCCUUCAGCGGGAGCGGGAACUCGCUGAAGUAAGUAUCCAUAUAUGUU